UUAACCUGAAAUGGAAAUAAACCACUACAUGACCAGUGGUCCACCUUUCCCACCUAGAACGCUCCCAACGCAGCCCAAUGUAAUAGAGCCACUUCGUUCUAACCUAUCUACACGAUAUCUCCCUUAUUCCUUGUAAUCUGUUUCUUUUUUGCCGACGUCACAAUGGGCCUCAAGAUUCACACCAUCGGCACCUCGACCCUCAGUCGGGCAGCGGAACAGGCAGUGCUGACUCUGGAGGUUUCCAGCACAGGGCCUACACAGUCUGGUGUUUCGCAUGAGGUCACUACGACAUCAAACCUCGUGCAAUCCGAAUUGGAGGCACAUUCGUCUGAAAGGAGUACGGCUGAGCGUGCGGGGCCCACCACCUCUCCGUCUGCCGAUGAAGUCGCUGUUAGCCAUUGGAGCAUGAGCUCCCUGAGCACCGGCAGCUACAUCCCCUGGGAUGCGCAACACGGGGAAGAGCAGCAGCGGAACCCCGUGUAUACAGCCCGGACUACCUUCGAGGUCACGUUCGGCAAUUUUGCCAGGCUGGGCCAGAUCGUGUCUAACCUGGCCAAUAUGCCACACGUGUCUGUCGUCAGCAUCGAGUGGCGGCUGACCACUCCAACUAGGCUGGAGAUGAGCAAGGCUAGCAGGAAGCUGGCCAUCGAGGAUGCAGUCAACAAGGCCACGGACUACGCCGCAGCGCUGGGACGAGCCAGAGUGGACGCCCUGGAGGUCAGCGACACGGAUAUGGGAGGCGGCGACCGCCCGGCUGUGGCAUAUAUGGCCAGCAUGGGCAGGCGGAUGAAGGACCACCAGGAAGAGUCACUACACUUCACGCCGCAGAACUGCGAGGUUCACUGUUCGGUCAAAGUCCUGUUUGAAGCAUCUAAAAUUUAAAGAAGGGGUAGGAGGGGGCAAUGGAGGGAAACCCCUCGGGCUGGGUUGGCAUUUGUUUCCUACGACUCAAAGAUAUCUAACGUCAGACAAUGCCUAGGCGGCUGGUUUAAUCCGGCACUGAGUUGAAGGAGCGAGAGAGCGGUUUAAGACUUCUGUCGGUGCUUUCCUUCGACUGCGCUCAUAGUGACGUCAAGGUCUGGUGACGGCGCGCCUUCGCCUAAGUCUUCGGCCCUUCGAGGAGAGGUAUGGUCUGACACUUCAUGGUCGAAUGGGAAUAGAAAUGGAUGGAGCGGGACAUGAGGGGU